AUGGGUCUUUUACGUGAUGAUAUAUUAGACGAGGAUAAAAUUGUAACAGAAGCUCUACGUCGUUUAGAUCCAGAUGUAUUAGCAGAGCGAAAUUUCAGAAUUAUUCGAGCUGGAUAUUUGUGUAUGAGAAAGGAUGUAUUGCCUGAGGAAGAAUGGACAAAACUUGAAAAUGAUGUGCUGUAUCUUCAACCGUUCAUUAAACAAGUUGAAGAAGAAUUAGCAGAGAAGGAACAGUGGGAGCGAGAGUGAAUACAUAACGUAAAUUAUAUAGCUUAUUCUAUUAAAUAAAUAGUCAUUUAUAAA